GCAGACGUCGUAGGCCUCUUUUUCUUAUCUGAUAUUUCAGUGAUCUAGACGCUCUUGUAGUAUUUCUUUACGGGGGGAGUAUAAUAAUUUUAUAUGCGCCGAGAGAGAAAGAAAGAAAAAAAAGGCCAUCUUCUUCGUCUGCUCCAUGCGUAUGUGCGUACAGUAGGUUCGCCCCGCCCUCUCCUUUUAUACCCCUCCUCUGUUUCGCUGCGGCUUUGGGUGGGAGGACAAGAAGAGAGCAGCAGCAGGAGUAGGAGGGCCAAGCAAAUGCGCAGCGCUGGAUUAUUUGGUGUAGUAAUAACUCGAUAGAGUUCUAGGCUGAAGCAAACAAUGGAGAGGGAAAUGGCUGCCUCAUAUGAGCCAAAACUGAACAGUGAAAUAAGGAUUUUUGAGAGUUCAGAUGAGAUACUGACAGAUCUAGCUGAGUAUAUCUCCCAAGUUUCAGAAAUCUCUGUUAAAGAAAGGGGAUACUUCGCUAUUGCCCUAUCUGGAGGGCCCCUUGUCAGUUUUUUGAGCAAACUUUGUGAAGCGCCAUACAUCAAGACCCUGGAUUGGUCUAAAUGGUACAUAUUCUGGUCUGACGAACGUGCUGUAGCAAAGAACCAUGCAGACAGUAACUAUAAGUUAACAAAAGAAGGAUUUCUAUCAAAGGUACCUAUUAUGAGUGGCCAUGUCUACUCCAUAAACGACAGCGCCACGGUGGAGGACGCGGCGACGGACUACGAAUUUGUCAUCAGGCAGCUGGUCAAGAUCCGCACUAUAGGAGUCUCGGAGAGCACCGACUGCCCCAAGUUUGAUCUCAUCCUCCUCAGCAUGGGCUCUGACGGACAUGUGGCGUCAUUGUUCCCUAACCACCAAGCCCUGGAGCUGAAGGACGACUGGGUGACCUACAUCACGGACUCCCCGCAGCCUCCACCCGAGAGAAUCACCUUCACCCUCCCUGUGAUAAACUCGGCGUCAAACAUCGCGAUCCUGGCGAUGGGCGUCGACAAGGCAAACGCGGUGCAUUCAGCCGUUUCUGACAGCAGCGACGGCCCAGACGCCCCUGCAUCCCUGCCCGCUAGGAUGGUCCAGCCAACGGACGGGAAGCUGGUGUGGUUUCUGGACAAGGCGGCCGCCUCAUCACUCGAGGCGCUGUGCGACGAUGCCUACCAGCAGCAGCAUCGUGAGUACUAGCUAGCUGAGAGCAAAGCGUAGAUUCCUUUGCUGUGUAAAAUGAAGUUGUGUAAGUACUUAGGUGGGUGGAUCAUAUGAUGGAACAAUGUUUGCUUGGUUCGACGCCUUUAGUCCUCUUCGUGUUAGUCCGAUGGAUGGUUCGUUCCGGGAAAAUCGGAAGCGCCGUCAGUUUUGGCAGACGACGGAGAUGGUUUUGUGCGGCGUUGAUGUUUAUGCGGGCGUUGUGGCCUCAGAGUUGAGAACAUUUAAGACCUGAAUUGUGGCCAGUUUUUAUGGUAUUGUGAACUCCAUUCUGUCUAGCUAAGAUUAGAUUAUUUUGCCGGCA